AUGCCCACCACGCAGGAGACCGAGGCGCUGGCCCUGGGCCUCGAGGCUGUAGACGCCGCAAGGGCCGGACCUGUUGCACACUGCCUGGACGCGGAGCGCACAUCAUUGCUUCCAACCGCGAUGCCAACUGCGGAGGAGGCUGCCCAGCUGCUUUCACACCCUGUGGAGCGCCUUCGUAACAUCGAGAGGCUGGUCUUGCCGCUGGCACGCUUGCCCCGCGCCAGACAGCGGGUGCGGGCGUUGCACUUGUCUGCAAAUGCGGAGCGUGAUGCUGCGAUGCUACAGGGGCGGUUGGACGCCCUGGGUGCCGCCUGUCAUGCUCUCCGCGGAUCUCUGGCUCUGAGGCGCUUCUUGCGCACGGUGGCGAAGCUUGGAAGUUGGAUCAACUCCUCCGAUCCCGAGAUGGAGAAAGGCUUCGCUGUGUCUUCGGCUUUGGGAAAGCUGCGGCUUUUUCGGGCUCUGCGGAAGGACAAGGCGGUGUCCCUGUUGCACAUGGCCCUCCUGGCUGCGGCUGGCGGUGAGGUCGCCGUGCUCCAGGGCCUCUGCUCCAGCUUCGCCUUGGAGUUGGAGGCCUUGGAACCUGCUGCUCGCGAGGACCUGGCAGACCUUGACAAGGCCAUUCAGCAGUUCGCGGCAGAGGAGGCAUGGCUCCUGGCAGAAGCAGACGAUUCGGCUAAUUCCAUAGCCGUGCGCGCGAAGCUCCGGGCCAUACACCAGGAAGUCGUGCUUCCUGCCCGCCAACAGCUUCAAAGCGCGCCUGCCCCAGAUUUCGAGGAUGCCAUCUUGUCUCGACGUUUGGAGAGUGAACACAUGAAGCACCUCUCGACAUGUUGGAAUUGA